AAGACUUAAGCAUCAUGGUGCUGAUGCGAUCCCUUGCUUGUGAGGUCUUGGUGUGUUUGAUUAUAUUCAAAGGUACAACUGCAAGCCUUCUGGGGUUUUGGCCUCUUCACAAAAACACGCUCGGAGCAGACAGAAGCGGAAAUGGUAAUGACGGAGUUCGUUAUAACGUCCGAGCGUCCAGUUUUCUGGACAGCUAUCUCACGUGGUAUAGCAGCAACGCUCGCCUGACCAUAGCUAACGGGGGACGAUACGUGAUGACCGGGUCGUUUAGUAUCAUAAUGGGGGUCAAGCCACGACAUUCGAGUUAUGGCAACACUAAUACUGAAGACUUUGUCAUAUUCCAAUAUGAUGGUGGAUUUACCCUCUCUAUUGACACCAAAAAGUACGGCAUUACAGCAGUGACGUCAUCAGUAUCCUGUCCCGUGCAAUUGGCGACAUCUGGGAAUACUGCAAUUUUUUAUUCGGAUUCCUGGCUAUUUUUGACUUACGACGAGCCUAAUCAGGUGAUGACUCUACGCUACGGCACCAGUACGUCUUCUUUGACCGCAGCGACAUUUACUUCCAUUGUGGGACCGUUUGAAAUGUCCGGAGACAUUAUCAUAGGAAGGCGAUAUACAGGAGGCUGCGACCAGAUUCCGUCCAAUAACCGCUUCGAGGGAUACGUUAGAUGCGUGUAUAUAUUUGAUACAUUGAUUAGUACGACCGAGGCGGCCACAGCCAUGGAUAAAUGUAUUGCGCAAGACUACACAGACUCAGUAGACCAGUGUACCAGUGGACCGUGCCAAAAUGGCGGGACCUGCACAGACGGGCUGUUUUCCUAUUCUUGUGCCUGCGUUUAUGGAUUUAGCGGAACCAGCUGCGAAAAUGCGUUAACGAUACCACAAGCAGCGACCACGCAGGCACCAACGACUGAAGCAACAACUACGCAGGCACCAACGACUGAAGCAACAACUACUCAGGCACCAACGACUGAAGCAAUAACUACUCAGGCACCAACGACUGAAGCAGCGACUACGCAGGCACCAACCACUGAAGAAGCGACCACGAAGGCACCAACCACACAAGCAGCCACUACGCAGGCACCGACAACGGUCCAGGCCUUCACUACCAGUAACCCAAACUUACCCACCUCAGACGGCACUGUCUGUCCGAGCGGCUGGUCAUUUGGACGCCAGUACAGUUGUUAUCAGUUGCUAAUUGACAGCACUAACCAUUACGACUACAGAAAGGGCUGUACUGACCUAGGGGGCUACCUCGCUGUGGUGAAUUCCAGGGAAGAGCAAGACCAUGUCAUUCAAAUCCUCAGGUAUAAUGCAUCAACAACCGAUGUGAUAUCAGGGAUGUUCGACCCAUCCUAUAGCAUGGUAUAUACUGGAGAAGAUGGCUCCUAUCUCUCGUACUCUUACUGGGAUGCUGGAAACCCGGACACCAGUGGGCUGAAGACACGGGUGCUGUUUAACAAAACCUCCAACUUCAGCUGGAUCAAUGCAGAGAUCAGUGGGGGGCCUAAUAGAGCUCUGUGUGAAAUUAACGGCGGAUUUGACGGCUGUUUCAAUAAUCCAACAACGUACCGUGCCAAGGUAUCGCAUUCUCGGCUCAUGAACAGUCUUCAGUGUAUAGAGUACUGCCGUGGACAGGACAUCCCCAAGGCCGCAGUGUCCGGGGCAGACUGCUACUGUGUAAACAGUGAACCAACUGGGAAGCAGUCCCCAAGUGAUUGUGCCUUAGGUUGCCCUUACAACCCCGUCCAGCAUUGUGGAGGAACCAAUAAGGCCAAUGUUUAUUCUGUCUCGUUCUACUACUCCCGUGCUGCGUCCUGCAUGCAUCUGGCAGAACAAGGUGUUUUAUUAGAGGGAACGUAUUGGGUUCAGGAAGAGGCAGGACAAACAUCUAAAAAAGUUCAAUGCAAUAAUAAAGGUCCAUGCCAUACGCCUCUGAUGCACGUUUUCGACAACACCUUAACAAUUACGACAUCAACGACAUCCAGCGAUGCCAACUAUACAGCAAGCAACGCAUUCCUCUAUGGCGUGUUUGGUGUCGGUUUUGACUCGGGAGAUGCCAACCCCUGGAUUGAAGUGUCGUACAGCGAACUCUUCAUAGUUACCGGCAUUGCGACUCAAGGUGCCAAGGAUGUCGACAAUAUGCAGUGGGUUGGAGGCUACACCAUCGACUACAGCGAAGACGGUAUGAACUGGACACAUUACGACAACGGCAACCAGUUGGCCGGCAACACAGAUUUCAACAAAGUGGUACUUAAUACCUUUAAGUACCCAUUCUUGGCGCAGCAUGUUCGCUUGUAUCCCAACACCUCGACCUGCCACAACAACUGCAGUCUGCGCAUGGAGAUGUACGGGUGCAAGUACAGUUCCUUUGACCAUGGCGACUAUUACGUUGGGUGUAUCGUUGAGACGAUGGACCCAAACCUAAGUCCUGUCAUGGAACGGGUUAUAUCAACUAACUGUGGAACACCUGCCGCCUGUGUGGACUUAUGCAGAGAUAAUGGGUAUCUUUAUGCUGGUCUGAGUGGAGACAACUGUUCCUGUUCCAAUAGCGUGGACAAAUACGGCCGUUCUUCGAAAUCGUACUGUUACACAAGGUGCUCUGGCGAUUCCAGCGCCUUUUGUGGAGGGCACUACCGGUAUUCUGUAUGGAGGACGUGGGAUGUACGUUGCCCCGCAGUGCCAUCUGUGGGCAAUGCCUUGGCCUCCACCGCAAACAGGCAGCACAAUGUCAAGGUCACGUACAGCUGCCUGCCAGGCUUUCAGUGGCCAGCGGGAACUCUGGAGGAAGACAAAUUCAUCACCUGUCAAGUCAAUAACUGGACAGCCACGCCCCCUGCUUGUGAAGGCAAGAGAUUGAAAGAUACAUUAUAUCUAUAUACUGACGGUUCUAAACUUUUUAAAUGAAAGUGGAUAUUCAUGUCACCUUCUUCACGUCAUUAAAGGUCGCUAAAUGCUUAUCCACGGAAUUUUGGAGGUAUUUGAUGUAAUUUUCAAUCUCACCAAUAAUAAUUUACUAUAUUUUGCUAGCCGUGCAGUGUUCUGGGCACCC